AGCGACUUCCCGAUGCAAAAAAAUUAAAUAAAUAAAUAAAUAAAUAAAUAAUAAAAGAGUAGCUAGAAGCAGAGGCGAGGGGGAACGGAGGUGUAAAUACAAAGCGAAAGCGCUCUCUUUCUCUCUCUCUCUCUCCCUCUCUCUCUCUCUCCCUCUCUCUGUCUCUCUCUCUCCGCGUUUUUUUUAUGAAAUGAACGACUGAAGAGGGAAACAUAGGCUACAGGGGACGCGCCUUCGCGCCGGGAACGAGCUUUUCAUAUCUAACUCAUUCCACGUUACAUGUUUAUACGCGCGUGUAAAUAUUUGCCCGCGACUGCAACUGUAGACCGGGAGCUGCGCGUGCCAUCCCGAGACUGUCUCACGCACUUCGGAGGACCAGGCGCUGACUUGCCGCCGCUGCUGAUCAACGGCUCGCCGUCGACGAUGACAACUUUAGCGAACGGACAGGCGGACAGCGCGGCGCACGCGGCGGCCGGCGCGAACGGGCUCGUGAACGGAAUAAGCCACGGUCACGGCGCGCCGGGCUGCGCCACCAUUCCCAUGAAGGACCAUGACGCCAUCAAGCUGUUCGUCGGCCAGAUCCCGCGCAACCUGGACGAGAAGGACCUGCGGCCGCUCUUCGAGGAGUUCGGCAAGAUCUACGAGCUCACCGUGCUGAAGGACCGAUUCACGGGCAUGCACAAAGGCUGUGCCUUUCUCACAUACUGUGCCAGAGAGUCAGCGCUGAAAGCCCAGACGGCCCUGCAUGAGCAGAAGACAUUGCCAGGGAUGAACAGGCCGAUCCAGGUGAAACCUGCCGACAGCGAGAGCAGAGGAGAAGACAGAAAGCUGUUUGUGGGCAUGCUGAACAAGCAGCAGUGCGAGGACGACGUGCGGCGCCUGUUUGAGGCCUUCGGCAGCAUCGAGGAGUGCACCAUUCUCCGAGGCCCUGAUGGAAACAGCAAAGGCUGUGCAUUUGUGAAGUACUCCUCUCAUGCAGAAGCUCAGGCGGCCAUCAGCGCGCUACAUGGCAGCCAAACCAUGCCUGGUGCCUCUUCCAGUCUGGUUGUGAAGUUUGCAGACACAGAUAAAGAACGCACCAUUCGGCGCAUGCAGCAGAUGGCUGGUCAGAUGGGCAUCUUCAAUCCUAUGGCCCUGCAGUUUGGAGCGUAUGGAGCCUACGCACAGGUGCAGCAGCAGGCAGCAUUGAUGGCGUCUGUAGGACAGGGAGCGUAUCUCAGUCCUAUGGCUGCAUUCGCUGCAGCUCAGAUGCAGCACAUGGCCACCAUCAACGGCCUGCCAGGAGCCCCCAUGACCCCCACGUCAGGAGGGAGCACGCCCCCUGGCAUUACCGCUCCCACAGUGACCAGCAUCCCCUCUCCAAUCAGUGUUAACGGUUUCACAGGACUGCCCCCUCCUCAGGCCAAUGGCCAGCCCCCUGCCGAGGCCGUGUUCACCAACGGGAUCCACCCAUAUCCAGUGUUGCAGGAGGUGGUUUUUAGGGAAGACUCGGAGAAGGGCGGCUUGGGCGUCGCUCAGAGGAGUUGUUUUGGGGUACAGGGAAGCUGUUUCCUCUCUUCUCUAUCUGAAGCCCAAAGUCCCACAGCAGCUGAUCCUCUUCAGCAGGCGUAUGCGGGAGUCCAGCAAUAUGCAGCAGCCUACCCAGCUGCAUACGGACAGAUCAGCCAGGCCUUUCCUCAGCCUCCUCCUAUAAUCCCUCAGCAGCAGAGAGAAGGGCCGGAAGGCUGUAACCUGUUCAUCUACCACCUCCCUCAGGAGUUUGGGGAUGGCGAGCUGAUGCAGAUGUUCCUGCCUUUCGGUAAUGUCAUCUCCUCCAAAGUGUUUGUGGAUCGGGCGACAAACCAAAGUAAAUGCUUUGGCUUUGUGAGCUUCGAUAACCCAGCCAGUGCCCAGGCUGCCAUCCAGUCCAUGAAUGGCUUCCAGAUCGGCAUGAAGAGACUCAAAGUGCAGCUCAAAAGGCCAAAAGACGCCAACCGCCCUUAUUAGCCCCGCCCCCUGAUGUCCCUCACCCUGGAGGUGAAGGCCACUGUAGCACUGGGGGAACAACAGGUUUUGUAGAGUGGGAACACAUGUUGAUAACAUGACUAACACACAAAAGAGACACAAAAGGACAAGCUCAACGUGGCUGGGGGUGUGAACGUGAGACUGAGGGGUGUGUUGGACAUGCGGUGAUGCCACAGCGCACGACACACCAUCACCGCAAAAGCUCAGUGGACCUUUAGGAGCUCGCUGGAAACUCAGGAGAGCCGCCGUGUUCCACAACCAUAUCGGACUCCCUUUCUGAGUCUCCACAGCCUGCCUGAUAGGAACCCUACUCAUUUAGAACCACAGAAAAUAUCAAAAAAAUGAAAAAGAAGAACAUCUGAAAGUGACUCUACGAACAAGGCAAAAGAAAAACAAAACACUUUUGAAAAUGCAAACUUUUGGGGGGAGGGGAUAUUGUGUAAUAAGGGACUGAGAAACUUUUUAAAAAAAAGAACCAUUUUAGAAAAAACAAAAAACUUUUUGGAUGGAUGCGACGCUUCAGGAAACAAGCUUGAUGUGGUUGUGGAUGGCCAUCUUUAUCUCGGAGUGCCUGUCCGUUUCCAGAGGCGAGAGCUGCCACGAAGAACUGCGGCCGCACUCCUCUGGGAGACUUAAUCCGUCAUUCCUUAGUUGUGUAGGGACCAAAAAGACCAAACCUUUUUAUCGAUUCAAAAAAAAAAACAAAAAAGAGAGACUCGUAGCUGUAACAUACUCAGACCACUGCAUCUCCUUUGCUGUGCCAAUCGGUUUAAGAGUUGUAUUUACGAAAAAAAAAAAGAUGUAUACGUAGAAUAUAUAAGAUUAUAUGUAUAAAUGCAUACAUAUAGAUUGCUGAUAUGCUUUUGAAUACUGGCAAAAUCAUACGAGACGCCCUGAGGAGGCUGCUCACUUGGCUAGUUUACAAACGAAAAAAAAUAUAUAUCUAUUUUUUUUUCUCUUCUCAUUUGGGCUGAAGGGUACAUGGGAAGGGUUGUUCCAUAUCGCAGCCUUACCUUUUUUAAUCUCAACAUCCUGACCUUGUAGUUAAAAAAAAACACCAUCGCAGGUUUGAGAUGUAACAAACCCGUUUCUAUUUAGCGUACAUUUAAUAUGUAUAUGUAUUGCAAAACAUGGAAAAAAAGAUGUAUUCAUAUAUAUAUGCACACCUCCAGCGUAUAUAUGGAUACAUAUGAUAUUAACCCCCAAACCUAUAUGUAUUUAUAUGCAUAUAUUUUAUAUGUGUGUACAUAUAUAUAGAACCAGCUAUUCAAUAUGUAGAACUGUAAUUUUUUUGUAGAUUUAAACUGGAAUUUGAACCACCGCUCGGCUUGGAAUCUAACUAACGGGAAGAGACUCAUAUCUGGCAGCUCUCGAACUGCAGGCAUUCCUCUUUCUGAUAACCUUGUAUGCCAACACACACACACACACACACACACACACAUACACGUAUGAAGGAGUGUGUGCUUAGAGAUAGAUGUAUAUAUGUGUAUAUGCUACUGAAAAAUGCAAAAAGGCCUCCUCUCGUUGGAGAGUUUCAAAAGAAUCAGGCUUCAAGAGAUUCAGGAUCAUUUCCACAGGAGUUAGGACAGAACGUUGCGUUAUCUUAGACAUAUCUGCCUCUCGGCCCUCUUGUGUACCUUUGCAAACCCACAUACACACACAAACACAGACACACAUUAUAUUGCAGUAUUGCGCCAGCUUUAAUUUGAACCGUGACACUUCGGAUCUCCUGCGUCAGUGGUCAGUGCAUGUAGCGUCGGGUUGCCAGCAGGUACAGGUGCACGGUGUCACCUGGUUGCCUCUCACAUUAGCACUGUGCUCCGAACACUGCUAGCCGCCAUUUUAAGACAACGAUAAUGAUGAUGAUGAUGAUGAUGAUGUCAAACUCUCCAGAGGCACUGCUCUUUUUUGCAGCCUUCAGCUUCUUACUUUUUACAUGCGUCUGGAAAGCCGAUCUGUUGCAAUGCAACUCACAAAAUACAAAACUCAAAAUUUUUUGCUUAGGGUUCCGAUUACGCGGGCAUUACGUACAUGUUUUGCAAAGCUUAAAAAAAAAUUCACAUCUCCAUCCACAGUGUGUUUACAAGUGUAGUUCGAAGAGCUGAGAUGUAUUUUGGUAUGGCUGUUUUUGCUUGGGCUAAAAAUGUGGAGGUGGGAGGGGAGGGGGAGGGGGGGUCAUGUUUCGAAUUUCUAGCGGAUCAUCAUUAGAAGGUCAGCGCCUUGCUUUUUUCAUGCUUUUGAUUAAACUGCUGUAUUAUAAAAGUUGUAAAGGAUUUCAGAACUCACUUCAGGCAGCGAGUUCAUUAUUGUGAAAAGAAUUCGUUCAAAAGAAUGUCGCAUUGCACCAUCCGGACCUCUUCGAAAGAUAAGCGUUCAGGUACACUAAGAAAGCUCGCUAUGAUGUUCAAACAGUUGUAUCAUGAAGUGCUCAUUCUGCUCUUAAUCCAUACCUCGCUCCGUCUCCGCGCGUCAGUCUCAAUGUCUCACUGUCUCACUUCCUGCUUUGCGAUUUCCACUCAUGCAACGUUUCAGCUACAACUGUUUACAUGAUUUUAAAAAUGUAUGGUUGAUAAACUACCAAGAAACAGAGCAGAAGUGUUAUUAUUUUAUUAUAUAUAAAUAUAUACAUAAACUACUGAAUAUACUGUAAAUGUUUUUUUUUUGCUCUGUUUUUUCUCUGUAUAUAGGUUUGCAUAUUUUAUAGGACUUUUACUUCUAUCUACAAGGACUGAAUGAUUAUGAAACUUAAAAUUACAUGAAUACAAGAGUGAAACUUGGCAUGGUUACGGGGCGGGGCACCUGAGUCUGAAAACGAUUGUGUGGCCCAGUGGGGAAAAUGGCCGCCAGGGUCUACUGCUCAUCUUUUCUUGGAAAUAUAGAAGACAAUUAUGUCAUUGUUCUGAUCCAUUACGAUGUUCUGCAAUCUGCUGUGUGCUUUUCUACCCUCACUGAAAACCUGCACUAAUUCCCAAACACUCUCACGGUUCCAGAUUCAUAAGAAUUCACACGAGCCACAUGGGUUAGCGUUUAAAGCUUUUCUAACACCUUCAUCAGGGUGGAAAAGUACUUAAGUAUUUGUGUAAACAUAUCAUUUUAGUGGAUUUCUGCAUUCCCUGAGAAAAAUUCCCUAAAAAAAAGACGACUUGCUAUAAAUCUCUAUGACUCAUUACUCAUAAUAUUUUUCUUUGCCAACAAUCCAAGCAAUCCAAAAUCCAUUAUCCAUUUAUAGUUACAUUUAAUGUUGUGGAAAAUACACAGAACAAGUUAGUUCCUGUAUCACAUACACUGUUUUUCAUGAAGUUAAUAAAACAAAGCAAAAAAAAAUAAAAAACCCACACACAGCUUGUUACUAAGAUUUGAAGACUUUACUGUGGUGGAAAACUGUUAGAAACUCUGACACUGGAGACUCCUUCCAUAAAUGUUAAACAUCUCCCUGCAAGAACGUCACCAUAUUAAUGAUUCUGUUUUUCUUUGUUAAAUAAAAAUGAGCGUUAAUAGUUGCCUUGCAGCUGGGACUACUGUCAUAGAAAAUUAAUCAACACCUUCUGACCAAUCAGAUUCGAGAAUUCAACAUGGCUGUGGUAUAAAAUAUCGUAAAUUUAUACUAAGUUGUAUGGGCACUACACCUGGUCAGACACAUUUUAACAAAUAUCAUUUUGACUGCUUUUUACCACAAAACCAAUUCUUUUUCCUUAAGUGUAUUUUUUUCUGUACUUCUCCACCCCUGGACUUUAAUCGUAUGAAGUCCAAUAAAUUGCCCUGGCUCGUUUGGGUUCCUAUGACUCCUGCGUGAGCUCGGGAUGCUAACCCAUCUGUCUCCUCAGCCAUUCCUUGCUAUCUUAGCGCUUGCUAUCUUCACGACCUACAUCCAAAAUUCAUCCAAGGGCAUAGCAAAUGGCAAGCAACAAAUGGUUAAAAAAAGAAGAAAAGAACAGAAAAGAAAAAAGAGAGUUGUCAGAAUUUUGAGCACACUUGAGGGUGCUGGGUUUUCUGUGUGAAUGAUUGCCAAGUCUAUUCCAAUGAGAGAGAGCUAUUAGCAGUCAGAGUGCUUUAACUGCUCCUGCUGUACCUCUGAACUGCGCAUUCCUUCUGCUCCCUGGACUCUCGUUUUGUAAUUUUACUGAAUGAUGCGUCUCCGCUUAGCCCGAUAAUAAAGCACAGUCUAGAAUAAACCAGCGUUAUGCCUCCCCGAUUUCCUGCUGUGUACGAGCCUUUUUAUGUGGUGUUUUAUCUGUUUGUUCAUUUUAUGGGUUGGUGGCGUUGCUGAUUGUAGACCGCAGCCACUUCAAACCACUUCAAAUCAAGGUAAUAUACAAGCACUUUCACAAGUUAGGGUGCAAAACUUCUGAUAAACUAAAACCAGGAUUAAACUAAAACCAAUCAAUAUAAACUUUUAAUGCGUGAAUGCUUCAUCCAGACCGACUGGUAUUGCGCUAGUACGAUGAAUGCAUUUCACGUUACACAAGAACAAAGUUCAUAACUAUGUUCUGAAAACCAUCUGAAGCGCCAUAGAAAUAGGAGUGGAAAAUGUUGGCACGUUCUGAUACACAUUAUAAUGAAAUACAAACACUCCUUAAGUGCAUCUUAAGUGCUGUCCUAUAAACAGAAUUAUUUGAAAUAUAAUGUGAGCGGGAUUUGGCAAUGGAGAAGCAUUGUUAUAAUUUAAUGCUGCACAACUAAUGCACUCCAAAUAGUAGUGUAUAUAUCCUUUCCAAAAGGAUGUGUAUGUGAGUCAAAGCUCUUUACUUAAGCCUCUUUUAAAGAUAAAGGGAAAUCAAAACUGACUUUUUUUUUUUAACUUGUUAGUUCAAGUUCCAGGUCUUAUUGUGCAUCAGUAUUCAUCGAUUCAUCAGUAUCAAUCACUAUAGACACAAAAUACUUGUUUUUCUUUAAUUAUCCAUCAAAAUUCACUGAUUUUGUUAUAGACAUUAUAGGUGUUGCACAACUACUUAUUUUUACUAGUCAGACAGUAAUUUAAAAAAGUAUUAAACUAGUCAACUAGUUGUCUCUUCAACAGAUGUACAGGACAUCGCCAUUUUUUGGCUGUUUUAUUUGUGUGGCAAAGAAAGCAUCAACCCGCAUGGGAUAGUGAUGCGCAACCCACGGCUCUGACAGCGCCGGUCACAACACAAUUUACUAUGCCACAUUGCAAGGAUUUUAUUCCAAUCUGCUUUAGCUUUAAAGGACAACAAAAAUACCUGCAGGAGGAAAUCCUUCAGGAGCAAGUAGAAGUGGGAUUAAAAAAAUCUAGUGCACUUUGAUACUUCAUGCGAAGCGACAUCAACGUAUUACUGUUAAUUAAAGCAAAAGGAAAAAAAAAAAUCCUGCACAGUCUUGUGAAGAUGACUAUAGAAUUGGUUUCAUUUAUUCUGAAAUACACUAUACAGCCAAAAUUUUGUGACAAUGUCCCUGUGCACAAAGCGAGCUCCAUGAAGACAUGGUGUGUGAAGGUUGGAGUGGAAGAACUCGAGUGUCCUGCACAGAGCCCUGACCUCAACCCCACUGAACACCUUUGGGAUGAACUGGAACACCGACUGAACCCCAGACCUCCUCACCCAACAUCAGUGCCUGAUCUCACUAAUGCUCUUGUAGCUGAAUGAACACAAAUCCCCACAGCUACACUCCAAAAUCUAGUGGAAAGCCUUCCCAGAAGAGUGGAGGCUGUUAUAAGAGUAAAAGGAGACUAAAUCUGGAAUGAGAUGUUCAAAAAAGCACAAGUGUUCUGGUCAGGUGUCCACAAACCUCCGGCCAUGUAAUGUAUUUUCACACUAAGUCCAUCUGCCUAACUGUUUUUUCCACAACUAGUCAGCAUUCCCACAGAGGCAACUAGUGAA